UUUUUAUUUGAGGGUUAUUUUAGUUUAUUCCCUUUGAAAAAGCGAUGACGUCACUCAAACUGUUGAAAUGUGAAACACGAUUUUCCAAGUAGAAGCGAACCUUGACCCUCCACACAACCCUUUGAAACCAAAAAUGGAUUUAUACACUUUAAUUUCCACAGGUCUAGACGACAAACUCAAGUGCUCUCUAUGCAAAAACUACCUAUCCCACUUCCCCAUAUCCAUCUAUUCAAACAACCAAAACAUCUGCGGCCGUUGCCCUAUCCCCGAAGGCACAGUCUACCACGAAGAAGCCCUAGAAACCCUUUGCCAUCUCCUCAGAUUUCCGUGCCGCUACCAAUCAGAAGGUUGCUCUCAACAACUCUACCCGAAAGAAGUACCACAACAUGAAGAAAACUGCCCCUUCCGCAUAGUUAAGUGCGUCAUGACCAAACCAACCCCUUGCAGCUGGUCGGGGAACCUUCCCACCCUCCCGUCACACUUACAAGCCGACCACGCUGCAUCAUUUCUGAAAAAUGGCGAGUUUAAAGUUGACGUUUCUCGUUCAGAAGAGUGCGAUUUUUUGAUGCAAUGUGAGAAGAAAGUGGUGGUGUGUACGAAGAAAUUUGAGACUGGUAGUAACACGUUGGAUUUGGUUCUCGAUGCUCCUUAUCAUGGGUUAGAUGAGGAUGGUAGUUGGCAAGUUAGCGUGAAAAGGGGGAAAGUGGUACUUUUCCACGAUUUGGAGCUGAAUGACGUGGAGAAGAAGUUGUGUGCGAAGUUGUUGGUUCAUUCUGUCGUGGAAGAACGCAGCGAGGAGCCACUUUUGUGCCAGAUUCGCAACAUAAGUAACACGAUGAAGGGUGAAAUAAGCGACCUCAAUGUAGCAAGCGAUGUUUUUCGAUGUGGGGUGUGUCACAAUGUGGCAACACCGCCCAUCUUCCGAUGUCCGUAUGACAUGAGCAUUAAGUGCGCUAGUUGCGACGAGCUGUGUCAUCCUUCACUUUCUUGUCCAACGUCUAAGAAAGACGACAAGUUGAGCAGAUUAAUCAAGUUGGUUAACUUCCAGUGCAAGUACCAGAAGUACGGGUGUACUUUCGGGGCACUUCUUAAGGAGGUCAAAAGACAUGAGUCGCUUUGCUGCUACAGAAGCGAGAAGUGUCCUUUAAGCAAGCAUCAGAAUUGUCGUUGGCAAGGUUUAGUGGGGGAUGCCAAGGAUCACAUUGUAUCCCAACACCCAGAUUCUUUUUGUACAGCGAACUCGGAAUUCAAGGUCUCUUUAGAAGACACGGCUGUCAUACCCAAGUUUAUACAUGUGUGUGAUUGUCUGUUCAAAUUUUAUUGUUUCACGAGGGAUAAUUGUUACGUGUGGUCUGUCCAAACCGUGUUUGAGGAAAAAGAAGCUUUUAUGUAUGAAGUGGAUGUCGUUGAUGGCGCCAAAAACGGACAGAGGUUCACAAUCAGGAAACCCUGCGUCAAAAAUAUAGAAGAUGUCUUCCAGGACAUGUCCGCAUGUUGCUUUGUUCUUCAAAAUCAAGUUUCUUCAAUGACUGAGCAGAGCGAAGAGGAGACAUUUCUGACCUACAAAAUCGGGAUUUUUAAGUAGUGUGAUCGUUUUGUUGUUGUUGCUGUAAAUAAAUAAUUUAGAAUUAUCA